UCUCCCUCGUCGAGUCGUCGUCGCCCAGGAAAAAAGCUACAACUCAAAAAGCAACGACGACAAGAAGCCAAGUCAUCAACUCGUCAACUGAGUCGCUAGACAGCAUGGCCACCAUGACACGCCCAGCAGCGACAUACCAGCUCCUCGAACGACUCGACCAACCUUCCUCCUACCGUGAUCGUCAAUCCUCUCAACGCGCCGACCUGGCCACGUCAACAACACUGUAUGUCGGUAAUCUCUCCUUCUACACAACAGAAGAACAAAUCCACGAACUCUUUGCGAAAUGCGGUGAAAUCAAACGCAUCAUUAUGGGUCUUGAUAGAAAUACAAAGUCUCCGUGUGGCUUUUGUUUUGUCGAGUACUAUAAUCACAGUGAUGCAGCAGACUGUAUGAUGUUUGUGAGUGGAACUAAGUUGGAUGAUCGGUUGAUACGGUGUGAUUUGGAUCCAGGAUAUCGUGAAGGUAGACAAUGGGGACGUGGACGGUCAGGAGGGCAAGUGAGGGAUGAGUAUAGGGAAGAUUGGGAUAACGGUCGUGGCGGCUGGGGCAAACGUGCUCAGGAAGCACGGCAGAAGGAGCAUGAGAACAAGGCGACGUAUGCAGUGGGUGACAAUAUCGCACCACUGGGUGCGUCGAAUACGUUUGAGGACCGGUUUCGAGAAGACUAAGCAUGUCAUAGCCUGUGUACUAGUAGAUGUUGUUUGACCUGUCUUGGGCUAAUAGGGCUAUAAAGAGAGAGCGACUAUCGUUAAAGAGGAGCAAAAGAAGCAAAUGAAGUAGGUUGCAAGAAGUCAAAGAGCAAGAUUAUGCCG